AUGCAGACCUCUUUGGUUUUAAUUUUUCCACUCCUGGUCCUGCCUCUGGUUAAUGCCCAGGUACCCCACUGGGGGCCAUGCCCUGAGCCAGCCACUCAACCCGCCUUCAGUCUAAAAAAGUUUAUGGGCCGGUGGUUUGAGAUUGCCAAGCUGCCAGCACAGUUUGAGAAAGGAAGAUGCAUUGAGACUAACUUUACCCUGAAGAUGGAUGGGACCGCCCGUGUGGUGAGCUCAGAGAUACUAAAAGGUGAACUGAGAUCCAUCGAAGGGACAGCUGUCGUGGAGGACCUCAAGAACCCAGCCAAACUUGGGAUCAGUUACUCUUAUGUGCUGCCCUAUUCCCCAUACUGGAUCCUGUCCACGGACUACGAGACUUCCGCGGUGGUGUACUCCUGCACAGACGUCUUGAGGCUGUUCCACGUUGACUUCGCCUGGAUCCUCGGCCGAACCAGAAGCCUGCCCGCUGCCACAAUCAACCACGCGAAGGAACUGUUCGCAAACAACAAUAUCGAUGUUAGUCGGAUGAUCGCGAGCCGGCAACAGGGCUGUGACAAAGAUCUGUGA